AUGGUUCAGGCUAUUUUCAAGCCCCAAGCCCAGAACAACAAUGCUUUUCUUGAUAUUGCCCGGAAUGGCCUGACUCAGGCUGUUGCUAAACCGUCCUAUCGUGUCAUCCAUGUUGAAGAGGGUCGGACACAGACAAAAUCCGUGGCUGACUUCAAAGACCCAUUUUGUAUAGAAUGGCAAGUAUGGUCGUUGCAGGGAGUGCCACUGAGUGAUAUAUUUACUCAUCGGGUGAAGUUGACAGAAGAUAAAAUCGUUGAGACUGAGAGAGCGAUACAUCCAUGGCUGUUGGAGCCAUGCAUGGCCGACAGCUUGAAAAAGGACCCGGUCGUGGGAAAACCAAGGGUGAUCGUUAAAGAAGGCUCUACUGCCAAUGACUGCUUAGCAUUUUCAAUACGAGCAGCAACAAUACUCGUACCAACGGGGUGUGAAGAUAAAGCACCGGUCACGGUUAAAGCCGACUUUUUAAAAUGGAUUCCAAUUGUGAUCACGGAGGACAGUACCGCCUCAAGACCUCCAUUGGUAGUUGCACCUAAUGAGGAAGUCUCUCUGUCCAUGACCAGAACAGGCACGCUAAAGAACCCGGCGACUGUUCACUUGGAUAGAGCAAGUCAUCCACAGAGCAGCUUCAUUUACAAGGCAAUCCCAGACCCAGAUGACGAACUUAAUGAUCCUGCCUGA